AUGUCCCACACGAAACAACCACUUCCUUGGCCGACUACGACCUCGUCGGUAGGUCCGGUGCCAACUGUUAUCCCCGGGAACGAGCCCAUCUAUCAGGAAAUCGGAGUGACGGGAAAGCGGGCAUUAUGGGUGGUCACUGUCCUCAUGGGAGUCUCCUCUCUCGUCUUCUACACGCUUAGUGCUCGGUUACCCUUGCCAAAGCGCGUCUUCCACACUCUCGUCUCCAUCAUGACCACCAUCUCCUUCAUCACCUACCUUGCCCUCGCCACCGGUAGCGGCAUGACCUGGAAGCACGACUCCAUCACCCGCACCCACAAGCACGUCCCCGACACCACACAGGAUUACUUCCGCCAGGUGAUGUGGCUGCGCUACCUGAACUGGUUCCUGACCGAGCCCCUCGGCCUCAUCAACCUGUCCCUCCUGUCCGGCCUGCCCGGCGCCCACCUCCUCGUCGCCAUCGUGGCCGACUACAUCAUGCUCGGCUCGGGACUGCUGGGCACCUUUGCCGGCCACACAUCGCGCAGAUGGGUCUGGUUCACCAUCAGCGCCCUGGGAUACCUCACAACCGUCUACCAUGUCGGGAUCAACGGGGGCAAGGCGGCAAACAACAAGGAUGCGCAGACCAGACGGUUCUUUGCGUCGCUGUCAGGCGUGACUCUGCUUGUGAAGGCGCUGUACCCGAUUGCUCUUGCUGCUGGUCCCUUGGCAUUGAAGAUGAACGUCAACACCGAGACCGUCAUCUUCGCUGUCUUUGACAUCUUUACUCAGGGGCUGCUGGGCUACUGGUUGAUCAUUGCCCAUGACAGCUCCCCGGGAAUUACCCUCUACGCUGAUGGCUUCUGGUCCGGAGGAAUCGGCAACGAGGGCGCCAUCCGCAUCAACGAGGAAGAGGGAGCCUAG